GAGAGAGAGAGAGAGAUCUCACACACACACACAACAGAGAGAGAGAGAUUUCCCUUUUAGUUUCUUCUUCUCUCCUCUGCAAUGACUCACUCUCUCUUUCCAUAAAAGGAAAUUUACUCUUAAGGAAUUCACAUCCAAUCACAUUUCAUUCUCUCUCUCCCCGUCUGUUCCGCUUUGACUUUGAGUUUUAACUCUCUCCCGAUCUCUCUUUAUUUUUUUUUAUUAUUUCUUGUUUUAUUAUUUAUAGAUAACUCUGUUGGAUUUCCCCUCCUCUUCCUUCUCCUACCUACCUUCCUUCUUGACUCUUUCAACAACGAUGGGAUCAGUGUUUUCAGUUCCCACCUUUUUUGUUCUCUUUCGAGAGACAACAGAGGCUGCUCUCAUCAUUUCAGUCUUGCUGACAUUCUGCAAGCAAAUGUUUGGAGAUGAUCCUCUCAUGCUCAAGCGAUUAAACAAGCAGAUCUGGAUGGGAACGGGUCUGGGCUUGCUCGUUAGUAUUGCGAUCGCGGCCGGCAUCAUUGGUGCAUGGUACGCCAUCUCGGAAAACCUUUGGGAGUCGCGCGAACUCGUCUGGGAAGGCACACUGGCCAUCAUUGCCUGUGUCAUCAUCACCAUUGUCGGCAUCACCAUGCUCAAAUCCUCUCGCAAGGGGCAUCAGGAGAAAUGGAGGAGAAAACUACUAAAGGAAAUGGCUAGGCAUAAUCAGGCUCCUCAGGACACGGAUUCGGAAGGUCUCUCGACCAAUGCAACAUCCCAAGCAACCCUUCAACCACUACCACAAGAACAACAACAACGACCAGCUUCCACUCACUGGUUUGCUCGCAUUGCCCCCAAAGCCUACGAAAAGCUCUCGUCAGAAAAGUACGCCCUCUUUCUCAUUCCCUUUAUUACCAUCCUCCGUGAAGGCAUUGAGGCAAUCAUUUUCAUGGGCGGCGUCGGUCUCACCGAACCCGGCAAAUCCAUUCCUCUCCCCGCCAUCACGGGCAUCCUUGUUGGGGCUCUUGUCGGGUUCAUUACCUACCGCACGGGUUCCCGCGCCUCCCUCCAAUGGUUCUUUAUCGUCUCGACGUGUCUCUUGUUUCUCAUUGCCGCUGGAUUACUGGCACGUGGUAUCCUCUCGUUUGAAACCAAUGCUUGGAUGAAAAAAGUCUUGUACAAUACCGGUGGAGGCGACGAGGGUGGACCCAUUCCUAUUGAUUUGCGCGACAAUGUAUGGUAUUUGAACUGUUGCGGCGCCAAAGAAAAUGGCUGGACCAUUUUCAAUGCGAUUGCAGGGUGGUCCAAUAUCGCCACAAAGGGGAGCAUUACCGGGUAUUGCUUGUAUUGGAUCGUGGUCAGUGGGUGGUUGAUUAGUGUCAAGACGAGGGAGCAAAAGCUGGCCAAGCGGGGCGAUGUCGAUGAAAUCAAAGUGACGACGACAGGGUCCCAAAAGGGGAGCCGAGUCGACAUUGAGUGAGGGGAGCCGAGUGGAGUGAGGAAAUCUACGAGAACGCUUCUAGUGCUAGCACUGCAGGCGAGGACAAAGUGCACACACCGCUUGUAAACGGGAGGCGUUGCAUGCAACUGCAAAAACUACACACACACACGAAUUUCCUUUUUUUUUUUUUUUGUUCUUUUAAUAAUAUCUAUAUAUAUAUGCGUUUUUGUAUAUAUUCAACAACAAGCAACCGCCUUUUGCACAUGCUCA